UCCGGACAGCUACAGUUCAGACGGCAAAAAGCAUUUUGGAUCGGGGCGUCAAAAGGCUUGUCCCACUGCCAAUUCAACCCGAUCUCGAGAAACCCGAACAACUAGCCACCGAGACGAAAUAAGAUGGGAACUUCAACCACACCUCCCUAGUUUGAUCGGUACCCUCUCAACGGGGGGAGAAUGUUACGCCAUGCGGCUUACCAUAGGUCAUAUUCUUAACUAUCGAUCGCGGCACUAUAAUGUCGCAGACGGAUCGUCGUGUCUGCCCGGCAAACAAACAUUGUAGUGGCAAGCGCAUGGUGCAUUAAGCAGGGCGACUUCCAGAAACGUCGACUCGUGGCCCGUAUUUUACCUCGCGUAAAAGAAUGUGGCGUGAUCCGAACGUAGUGGGGGUCGCCUUCCAGAAAAAACGAAAAAAAUCGAAAGGCGUUCAGAACUUUUCGAGAAGUCGAACCGUCAACACAUGUGGCGCUUGGCCAUGGAUCGCUGCAUUAGGUUUUCGUAAUCCCCGAAACCCAGACAAACCACUAUGGAAGUGCGGAGGUUCCCUGAUAUCGGCUAGGCAUGUUUUGACCGCAGCACAUUGUGCACAUAUGGAUGGAAUAGAAAACAUACACAAUCAUAAUAUUGUCAUUCUUAGAUUGGUGGAGGAGGUGCCAUUUUCGAGGUACGUAUAUCCCAUUUGUACGAAAGAGCCCCUACGAAAGAGCAACUUCGUCGGCUAUAACCCCCUUGUUGCUGGAUCGGGAGCAUUAAGAUAUAGACGACCACGACGUAAUGCAUUAAUGGAAGUACAAAUGCCAGUGAUUAAGAACGCCGAAUGCAAAAUAGCUUAUUCCAAAUUUCCUAAUGCACCUGAUAUCACUGAUGGUAUAAUAUGCGCCGAACAUGCUCAGGGUGGAGAGGAUUCUUGUACGGCUGACCGCGGCGGACCACUGCUGAUACAACAUGAAUUAACCUCGUAUUUAAUAGAUUAUAGAUUCCUAUACGACUCUCAGUAAAAAUUUAUCCGCACUCCAGAUAGUUAAAACUUCUGUCGACCGUAUUGAUCCAUCUGCACUCUUCGUAUGACGUCAAUAUCUGUUCAGUGCUGCUGUUGCAGGAUGCUGUGAUUCGUUUCUUGUGGUCGGAGGUUAUGUUUGAUGCCUAUAUUUAUCAAAGAUUUAAUGCACAUUAUGGAGAAAGUGUUUUGUCACGAAGUGUGUUUGAAUGGGCACAAAAGUUCAAAGAAGAUCGCACAAGUGUUAUGAAAAAACAGCUGGACGCCCGUCCACAUCCACGAUGACAACAUUGAACGUGCUCAUGAACUUAUGCUCUAUGGAAUAGACGAGUGACACUGGAUAAUGUGGCAAAUCAUUUGCAAAUCAGCCACGGCUCUGCUUAUGCAAUAGUGCACGACAGAUUUGGAUUUUAAAAAGUUUGUGCGAGAUGGAUGCCGAAAAAGCUGAUGAAAAGGUGAAGACGACGAUGCAUUCGUGGUUCGCAGCUCAGCCCAAAACAUUUUUUAAUGAGAAAAUACAAAGGUCCUUCGGCAAAUGGACAAAGUGUAUACAGAAAUCGAGUGAUUAUGUCAAAAAAUGAUGUAUGUCUUUUUUGACAAUUGCUUAAAAUAAAUUCUACACCGACAGAGCGGGCUGUUAAUCUAGAGGCUGGAGUACAAAGAAGUGGCACAAUGAUGUGGGCUGAUGACAUUUAUAAUUAUCAAGGAAUCACCCCUACAUUCGCUCAGAAUUUUAAUGAAACUGUCCCUUGGGAAGGAAGAACUGAUACCUUGAUAUCACGGUUUGUACAUCCUAUAUAUACGACAAAUUUUAGAACAUUAUAUAACGAAGAACCAGAUCGUCGUGGCCAUGUGAUGUGAAUAAAAGGACUUGAAUUUGAUGAUAUUUUUAUAAUGUUAGAUAACAUAACUAAGUAUCUUCACAGUAAGAUAGGAUGACAUGGUUUACAUGAUCUUAAU